AUGGAUCGUUUUUGGUCUGCGCCGCCUGUGACAAGGACUCUAGUUACCCUUACUUUCGUUCAAUCUGCCCUGGUCUAUGGCGGUCUACUAAGUGGUAGAUAUGUUAUAUUCCGUUCGGAACUAGUCUUCAAGCUGCUUCCGGAGGCUUGGAGGUUAUUCUCGUCAUUCUUUCUGACAGGACCUCGCCUUGACUUUAUACUUGAUCUCUACUUCAUGUUCAAGUAUGGCAGUGCUCUGGAGACGGGAUCACCACGGUUCAGCUUACCGGGUGACUUCUUCACGUAUGUGUUCUUUGUAGCCACUGUUAUUACGCUCACCGCAGGUUGCCUAUUAGAUGAUGUAAUUUUCACCCAUGCACUAAUUAUCGCAUUUGUCUACACCUUCGCCCAGGACAACCAAGGUAGAAAGGCCUCGUUUUUUGUGGUCCAUUUGCCUGUUGAAUUCCUACCAUGGGCGAUGCUCACCUGGACGCUUGUGCUUAGCGGGUGGCAUGCAGCAUUCAGUGAGAGCAUGGGAAUAGUCGCUGCACACAUGUGCAAUUUUUCCUGCGUUCUUUUUCAACCUGCGCGCACUCUUACCUGGCUACUCUGCACGCUCGGAGCAAGCCUGUUCAAAAUGGCGGUCGCAUUGGCUAAGGAAGAGAUGGACUAUACAAUCAAGCCAGAGGCUGGCGCUUCCAACAUUUCGACAUCUGACUGGCCGCUUUUACUGAAGAAUUAUGACAAACUCCUUGUCAGGACUGGUCAUUUCACUCCAAUUCCCGCCGGUUGUUCUCCUCUGAAACGUGACUUGAAGUCGUAUAUUAAUUCUGGCGUUAUCAACCUCGACAAGCCUUCUAACCCAUCCAGUCAUGAAGUGGUUGCCUGGAUGAAGCGGAUUUUGAGGGCAGAAAAAACUGGACACAGCGGAACUCUUGACCCAAAGGUCACUGGUUGUUUAAUUGUUUGUAUUGAUCGUGCCACUCGUCUGGUUAAAUCGCAGCAGGGUGCAGGAAAAGAAUACGUCUGCGUGAUUCGCCUUCACGACAAGAUCCCGGGUGGUGAGGCGCAGUUCAGAAGAGCUCUUGAGACGUUGACCGGUGCACUUUUCCAGAGACCUCCAUUGAUCUCUGCUGUGAAGCGUCAGCUCCGUAUCAGGACGAUACACGAGAGUAAACUUUAUGAAUUCGACAAUGAUCGGCAUCUUGGUGUCUUUUGGGUCAGCUGUGAGGCAGGAACAUACAUUCGAACUCUUUGUGUUCAUUUGGGCCUCUUGCUCGGUGUUGGAGCGCAUAUGCAAGAGCUCAGACGUGUGAGAAGUGGGGCUAUGGAUGAGAACAGUGGUUUGGUGACUUUACACGAUGUGCUCGACGCUCAGUGGAUGUAUGACAACCAGCGGGAUGAGUCGUAUCUGCGUAAAGUCAUCAAGCCUCUUGAGACACUACUCACAACUUACAAGCGUAUUGUCGUUAAGGACAGCGCUGUGAAUGCCGUAUGCUACGGUGCCAAGCUCAUGAUCCCUGGUCUUCUGAGAUUCGAGGCUGGAAUUGAUGUCAACGAAGAAGUAGUGCUUAUGACUACCAAAGGUGAGGCCAUUGCCAUUGCCAUUGCUCAGAUGUCGACCGUGGAGCUGUCCACCUGCGACCACGGAGUUGUUGCCAAGGUUAAGCGUUGUAUCAUGGAACGCGAUCUUUACCCACGGAGAUGGGGUCUGGGCCCUGUCGCUCUGGAGAAGAAGAAGCUUAAAUCGGCUGGGAAACUAGAUAAGUAUGGUCGAGCCAAUGAAGCGACACCUGCCAAGUGGAAAAAUGAUUAUAAGGAUUAUAGCGCGCCAGAAACCUCCGAGCAAUUGGCAGUUGAGCCAACGCCCAAGAGCGAGGUGGCUGUUCCUACAUCUGAGCAGGCCGAAGCUCCCUCGUCGCCCCAGAAUGAGAUGGAGGUUGAUGAGUCCAAGGAGGACGAGAAAAAGAAACGUAAGCGACAUGAGGGAGAGACUCCCGAGGAGCGAGCCGAGCGCAAGCGCAAGAAGAAGGAGAAGAAGGAGAAGAAAGAGAGACGAAAGUCGAAGCAAGAGAAGGAGGAGAGUGAUGAAAGCGAUUAA